CUGAACUCAGAACCGCUAGUGUUAUACUUGAUCGGAGCAAUUCUGUUGCAUAACAACUCUAGAAAAUGGAUGGAAACAUUGCUAAUCGUAUAAGCAAAUCUCCAGUACUUCCAGUGGCUUCUUAUUGCAUGGCAUCUAUUUUGAUGACCAUGACAAACAAAUAUGUGUUGUCUAGCCCUGGAUACAAUAUGAACUUUCUUUUGUUGACUGUACAAUCCCUUCUCUGCGUCCUUACAAUUAGAGUAUUGAAGAAUCUUAAAUUAAUUAGCUACCGCGACUUUGAUUUGCGUGAGGCAAAGCUUUGGUUUCCCAUCUCAUUUAUGCUUGUUCUUAUGAUCUACACUUCGUCAAAAGCUUUGCAAUAUUUAUCCGUCCCAGUCUAUACUAUUUUCAAAAACUUGACUAUCAUUGUCAUUGCUUACGGUGAAGUACUUUGGUUUGGAGGUCAUGUUUCUGCCCUCACUUUGUUCUCUUUCGGUUUGAUGGUUCUUUCCUCUAUUGUCGCCGCUUGGGCCGAUAUUCAAUCUGCUGGCUCUUCUGGCUACACUACCUUGAACUCUGGUUACUUUUGGAUGUUUAUGAAUUGCAUUACCAAUGCCGCUUUUGUCCUCACUAUGCGUAAACGCAUUAAGCUCACAAACUUCCGCGACUUUGACACUAUGUUCUACAACAACCUUCUUAGUAUCCCAAUUCUUAUCGUUUGUACCCUCUUUACAGAAGACUGGAGUGCUACCAACAUCGCUCAAAACUUCCCUCCCGACACCAAGUACAAUGUAAUUGUAGCCAUGCUUAUUAGUGGUGUCUCCUCUGUCGGUAUCUCUUAUACUUCUGCUUGGUGUGUUCGUGUCACUUCUUCCACUACUUACAGUAUGGUUGGUGCUCUCAAUAAACUACCUUUGGCCAUCGCUGGUUUACUGUUCUUCAAUGCUCCCGUCACUUUUGGCUCUGUCAGCGCUAUCUUAUUGGGAUUCAUUUCCGGUAUCGUCUAUGCUAUCGCUAAGGCUCAGCAACAACGUAAGAAGGAAAGUGCUACCGUACUUCCCAUGACAAAUAAUCCCGUUAGCGCUAGUUCCCAAAGCGUACGUGACAGUAUGAGCAAGUCCUAAUUACGGUUCGGGCACGUGAAUGGUCUUUUUAUUUCGUCAAGACAAACACGUAUUUUAUUGACUGUCCAUAUAGAAUGAUCGUUCUUAUAGGAACGAAAGUUGCUUGUAUUUUUAUUACCUUUAUAUUCUUCGGAUAUAUGACUUUAUUGUUUCCUUAGCACACAUGUGUUAAACGAACAAACCUCUUUAGAAGUAAUAACUUAAAAACAUACAGACUUUGUUUGAUUUUUUAAAAACUUUAUCUAUAUGCGGAAUUCUAUAAUUUUGGUUAUUUCCGAUUAUACUAAGCAAGGCAUAACUCCAAAAAUGUUUAUGUCUAGCAUGUAAAUUUAUGUUCAAAACAAGUAGACGUGCUUUUAGAAAAUCUUGCUCUCAGCUCAUGUGUAGUAGUAGUACUAUGUAUUUUCUUUUGAGCCAUGGAUUGUGGAAACCGAAAUUGACCGUCUAUAUGUUUGUGAUUAGGUGAAUAUGCAAUAUAACAAACUUUGUAUUCUUUCUGUUCGUUUUAAUGAAAUGAGCCUAAGGAAGAAGCAGUCCGCUGAUUCCUCUUAUUUUUAUUUCUGUUUCUUUACCUCCGUUCGAACCACAAUUUAGUUCAUCAGUCAGUAGAGUGAUGGGCUGCAAAUGUAUGCCUUAAUUUGAAAUUAAUCAAUGGCGAGUCGCCAGCAAUUGACGGUUCCUAUUAAUUUGAGUAAUCUAUUUUUUCCUAAUAAGCACAUAUUAUCGGUUAUUAAACAAUGAAAACUAUUACAAUGUUUUUUCGUCCAACAGAUGAGAUUGACAAAUUUAACCAAGUCUUUCUUGCAUAAUUCCAGUCAAAACAGAAGUUAUCCUCAGCAGACGUAUAAUUAUUCCUGUUAAAUU